AGGGGAUAGCAGUAAAUAGUAGUCUGCUGGCUAGAUAGCUAGACUAUCCUCUGGGCUCUGGUUGAUCACAUCAUCGCAAGCCUUGCCAAUCUGCCGUCACUUGCUCAGCUUGGGCUUCGUCGUGUCGUGCAUGCGGCUACUAGCUGUGGUUGCAGUGUUGUUCUAGCCACGGUUGUCUCGGGCGUGUGCUGGGUGCAAUGCAGAGCGGGUGUUGUCUGACCGGGAGUGUUCGUGCUGGUUGAGUGGUUGGUGAUCUUGGAUGGAGCAGCGGAGGCUGGAGGAGCAGAGGGCCUGCGGGCGGCGCGCGCGGGCGGAGACGCGGCACCCGGUGUACCGCGGGGUGCGGCUCCGGGCGGGGAAGUGGGUGUCGGAGAUCCGCGAGCUGCGGAAGCCCAGCAGGAUCUGGCUGGGCACGUACCCGACGCCCGAGAUGGCCGCCGCGGCCUACGACGCCGCCGCAUUGGCGCUGCGGGGCGCCGGCACGGCGCUCAACUUCCCCGACGCCGCGCGCUCACGCCCGGCGCCGGCAUCCGCCUCCGCCGAGGACGUCCGGGCCGCGGCUGCCGCGGCCGCGGCGGCGAUGGACGGCCGUCGUCAUCAUCAUCACGAGCUCCGCGGCGACAGCGGCGACGCCAUGGCGGCGGGCGGCGUCGUGGACGAGGACGACCUGUUCGAGAUGCCGCGGCUGAUGAUGAGCAUGGCGGAGGGGCUGAUGAUGAGCCCGCCCGCGCUCGGCCCUGCGGCGGCGCCGAUGAUGGAAGCCGACGAGGAAGGCGUCAGCCUGUGGGAUCACUCCUGAUGCGCUGGCUAGCAGUGACGCUGCUUGCCGUAGUGGAAGGUGGUGUUAGAUGGAGGAAACGACGCGCGCCACGACGUUGUGUUGGCGAAUGGGAGCGUGCGUGUUGGAUCACACCUGAUGUGGACAGAGGGCAAAACAUGUACGUUCUGCGACGCGCUUGUACGUACGUUGCGUAGCAUGGACGUGAAAUGGGUGAUGCUGACACGGCACAGGCACACCGAUACACACGUGUCACGUAGUAAGCCAUGAGUUCCACUUCCAUGGCAACAAUUCAGAAAAAGACCUUG